UGAAGGACUCACUGUUUCGAGGUCUGCGUCUUCCAAGCCCGGCAUGAUGUGGGGACACAGCCUUCUCGUGUUCUUCUUCUCUGUUGCUGUCCAACAAGAGGCACUGGAUUGUGAGACAAGGAAGAGAAUGAAAGAAUUUCCUCCUCCAAGUCUGGAGUCAAAAAUGAAGACAGUCAUGAAGGGUCAGCAUGUAUCCCUGUCUUGUUCCAACAAAAACAAGUCACUGCAGGUCACCUAUUCUUUGUUUCGAAAUAAGACACAUCUGAAAACCCAGAACAGAACAGGUGAACCCAUGGUAGUCAACCUAACAAUCUCAGAAGCCUAUGAUUUGGGCCCCUACAAGUGCAAAGCUCAAGUUUCCAGCUGUUCAAAAUACAGUCGCGUGUUCAACUUCACAUUUGUUAGUGGUGACAGCAGCGCAAAGGGCUGUCCCCUGUGUCUGCAGCUACUGCUUCCAGGACUGUUACUGGUGCUGAUUAUAAUAAUCCUGAUGCUGGCAUUUUGGAUAAUACCAAAGUACAAAUCAAGGAAAUCUAUGAAAGAGAAAGCUUCCAGAAAUCUACACACACAGACUGAAAUAUAUGAAAACCUCCAUAAAAAUCAAGCAGAUGAGGCAUCUGUGCCAGGCUUGGAAUCAAAGCAGUGUGUUUCCACAGCUCCACAUGAAACCAGACACUCCCAGGAGAUAUAUGCCACUCCCGUGUUCCAGGAGGUGGCACUAGGAAACACUGUGACUGGUAAUGAGUGUAAAAAUGUUCCUGUUUACUCUGAACUCAACUUCUGAAAUCUGAAGACACAAACUCCCACUAGGUAGGAUCCAUUUUAUAAAGCUGAUCUACAUGGAGAAAAAGUGCACUUGACUGAUACUUAGCCAUGUGCCACAUGGCCACCUAGAGUCUGAUGUGUAAGAACUACUCCUCUGGCCCACCGGCUUGUCUCCAGUUCUGUCUUCAAGCAGUGCCCUGAUCAGGUGGGGUGCUGACUGGCAGCAGUCUUAGGACGCUUUUUAGACAUGCACAGUUCUCCUGUACUCACGUCAUCUCAAGAGCACAUUUUAGAUGACUGUGCUCUCCUCAAGUGCAUCCUCCACACACCUGCAACGACUGUCUUUCAGGUUUCCUCAUCCUCAAGCCCACUGAAGGGUCACUAGUGAAAAUGCAGACUGGGAAGACAGUCUAGCUGGUAGAGCAUAGAACUUACAUGCGGGGCCGGGUGGUGGUGCACCUGGUUAAGUGCACGUCACAGUGCACAAGGACCCAGGUUCAAGCUCCCUGGUUCCCACCUACAGGGGGAGGCUUCAAGAGUGGUGAAGCAGGGCUGUAGGUGUCUCUUUCUAUUACCCUCUUCCCUCUCAAUUUCUGGCUAUCUCUAUCCAAUCAAUUUAAAAAAGGAAGAAAGAAGGAAGGAGGGAAGGAAGGAAGGGAGGAAGGAAGGAAGGAAGGAAGGAAGGAAGGAAGGAAGGAAGGAAGGAAGGAAGGAAGGAAGGAAGAACUUACAUGCCCGAAGCUCCAGGUUGAACACUUAGCACCAAGUGCACUAGUGUGGUACACUGGUUUUUGGUUAUUGGAUCUGGGAACCACCAGGACCGUCUCAUUUUGAAAGCCUUAACUACAUGUGCAGUACCAUUUUUCUAACUAUGAUGGCAUCCACAGAUUUUAGGAGUUAGGGUAUAAACUUCCUGGGAGGAAGGCUGACCAUCGCUCCGCCCACUACAGAGAACACAAGAUUUCUGGUCUGAUUUCAUCCCAGGAGUUAUAAGUUCAAGAGACUUUUCUGGAACUUCUUUCUUCUAUAAAACCCAUGAGACAUUUCUAGGGUUUCAAAUGAAACUUUACCCAAUUUUUUCAUCUGUGGCCUGAGGACUGACUGAACAGAACAUAGAACCUCCAAGCAUGAGGCCCUAGGCUUGACACCUGGCACUGCAUGGGCCAGUGUGAGGCUCUGGUUCCUUAUCUCUCUCCUUCUCACUAGUAAAUCUUGUUUUUUCUAUUGUUCAUACUGUUGGGGGGGAGGCCUAUAUCCCAGUCUUAGUUAUUUCCAAUUAGUGGAUCUCUUUUUUUAAAGACUGCUUUUUAAAGUAUAUAUCAUCACUUGAGUAUAGUUUAUUUACUAUGCUUUUUGGGACUCAAUUCUUUGCUAUUCUUGGUUUUGUUAUAUAAGCUUGCAUUCCUAACUACAGGCAUAUGGUGCUUUCUCGUGAUUUUAAUUUUCACUUUUUGAUUCUCUGAUGACUAAUACAGUUGAGCACCUUUUUCUAUAUUUAUAGACCAUUUAGUCUUUUGUUUUCUUACUGCCAGAGCAUCACUGAGGUUUGUGGGGCUCUUUACCUACACAAGCCCACUGUUCCUGACACAACAGACUAGAUUACUAUUCUUUUCUUUCAGAUUCAGGGUGAAAAACAGGAGAGUCACUACAGCACUGCUUCACCAUCCAUGAAUAAUCCCCUUUUUGUAGUGUGCCCACAUGGCGGAAGGGGCUUGAAUCCAAGUCCUUGCACAUGAUAGUGUGUGCUUUACUGGGUGAACUGUCUGCUUCUCUCAUUAAUAAAUGAAUCUUUGGAAAAAAUCUUUAAAAAAACUUUUAGAGUCUGCUUAUUUUCUUUAGAAACAAAACAAUAGAACUGAACACAAUCAUGGUUUUUUGUUUUUUUUUUUUAAUUUGCCUUUUUUCCCUUUGUUGCCCUUGUUGUUUUAUUGUUGUAGUAGUUAUUGUUGGGUAGAAGAGAAAAUGGAGAGAGAAAGGGAGACAGAGAGAGAGAGAAAAAUAGACAUCUGCAGACCUGCUUCACCGCAGGUGGGGAGCCAGGGGCUUGAACCGGGAUCCUUACUUCAGUCCUUGUGCUUGGUGCCAUGUGUGCUUAAUCCACUGCGCUGCCGCCUGACCUCCACAAUCAUGUUUUUAACACUGCAUUAAACUUAUGUAUCAAUUUGAGUAGAAUUAACAUUUUUACAAUACUGAGGUUUUUUUUUUUUGCAGAGUACUGCUUAGCUCUGGUUUAUAGUGGUACAGGGGAUUGAACUUGAAACUUUGAAGCCUCAGGCAUGAGAACCCCAGACUUUGCAUGACCACUGUGCUAUUUCCUCCACCCCAUACUGAAUUUCCUAAACUACAAAUAACUCAACACUUAAUUCUUUUUCAGUUCUCUAAAAAGUUUAUAGUCAUUUCCUGCAUAAACAUCUUGUAUAUCUUUUGUUAGGUUUAUUCCUAUUUGGUGUGGUUAAGUUGUUGAUGUGCAGAGACAGUAUUUUAGGGGACUGAUUUUUUCCUAGUAACCCUGCUAACCUCUUCAAUUUUAAUAAUUCAUCUGUAGAUGUCCAUAGUCUGGAGACUGGAGAACUACUACCGCUUCUAUUACCACCGCUAGCUCCUGCCCAGAAACUGGAGCCCAGACAGUGGGAUGUGGAGCUUUGCUUGUUUCUCAAGCACUGUUGUGCUACCUGUGGUCUCCAGAUCCCAUCCAUGUGCAUCAGAUGGGAGGAUGACCAUACACACACCUGGCAGCACAGGGCUGUGGUCUUUAGCUUUCUGACCCCACCAAAUGAACACUUGAGCUGGGCCUUAAGAGAAUAGAUCAAGUGGCUGAGGAAAUGGCCAACUGGCAGAAUAUUGGGCUUUAGUGCCUGAGGUUCCUGGUUUAAUCCCCAAUACUGCAUAUACUGAAGUGACAUUAGGGCUUGUCUCUCUCCUCUCUGCCUCACGUGAAACUUUUCUCUCAUAUGUAAUAAAUAAAUACUAUUUUAAACUUUUUUUU